CGGCGGUGAGCAGACGACUACGUUUUCGGGGUUUUCUUGCGGUCCAGAGUCGUGGCUUACAGAAGAGAUGAGAUGUGGUCUGAGGGACGAUAUGAUUAUGAAAGACUGCCAAGAGAAAGAUUACCUCCUCGAAGUCACCCCAGUGAUGGCUACCAUAGAGUAGUUAAUAUUGUGCCAAAGAAACCACCACUGCUAGACAGACCUGGUGAAGGAAGCUACAAUAGAUAUUACAGUCAUGUUGAUUACCGAGAAAAUGACGAGGGUCGCAGUUUUUCUCAUGAUCGAAGAAGUGGUCCACCUCACAGAGGAGAUGAAUCUGGCUAUAGAUGGCCAAGAGAUGAUCAUUCUGCAAGUCGACAACCUGAAUACAGAGACUCACCUGUAGGCCGAAAGGAUUCUCCACACAGCAGAUCUGGCUCCAGUGUCAGCAGUAGAAGCUAUUCUCCAGAAAGAAGCAAAACCUACUCUUUCCAUCAGUCUCAGCAUAGAAGUAAAGAGAGACCUGUCCAGUCUUUGAAAACUUCAAGAGACACUUCACCCUCAAGUUCUUCAGCAGUUGCUUCAUCAAAGGUUUUGGACAAGCCCAGUAGGCUAACUGAAAAGGAACUUGCUGAGGCUGCAAGCAAGUGGGCUGCUGAAAAGCUAGAGAAGGCAGAUGAUAGCAACUUACCUGAAAUUUCUGAAUAUGAGGCAGGAUCCACAGCACCAUUGUUUAUUGACCAGCCAGAAGAACCCGAGUCAAAUGCAACAGAUGGCAUAGAAUUAUUUGAAGACAGUCAGCUAAACAGUCGCUCUAAAGCAAUAGCAUCAAAAACCAAAGAGAUUGAACAGGUUUAUCGACAAGAUUGUGAAACUUUCGGGAUGGUUGUGAAAAUGCUGAUUGAAAAAGAUCCUUCCUUAGAAAAGUCCAUACAGUUUGCUUUGAGGCAAAACUUACACGAAAUAGGUGAGCGGUGUGUUGAAGAACUCAAGCAUUUCAUUGCAGAGUAUGACACCUCUAGUCAAGAUUUUGGAGAGUCUUUUUAGAAGAUUUCUUGCUCAGGCAAAAGAAUUUUUUGUUUCUAGAUUUUUUUUUCCUGGAUUGUGUAAAUCCUUAAUAUAUGGAAUUUUUGUUAUGAAGAGAAAUACUUUAUGAUAGUUGACCACAUUUCCAAUAUCAAAUAAACACUGAAAAUAGUCUUAAGAUAUUUUAAUUAGAAUUUUUUUGUCCAUGUAUAGUCUCCUAAGCCAUACUCAUUUCCCCCUCCCUCUCCCAUCCACACUAAAACUGGAGUUUUAUCUUGUCUUCAGAGCGCAAGUAGUUUACAGUUUAAAUAAAAAUUCAUUAAACUAGAGAAGUUUUACUAACAGAUACAUUUAAAUUAUCUAUCAAUAGAUAAUUUCUUCCCCUCCACCUUCCCCAAACUACAUUUAACAUUUCAAGCUAUUUAUAGGUUGCUAUCAACAUUAUUUUUGGUAGGCUUAUCAGUGUUAAAUCUGUUGCUUUUUUUGAAGUUUUUGAGAGUCUUAAUUUUAGGAUAGAUGAGAUCAGAUGUGUAUUAGAGUGUGUAUUUUGCAAAAUGUUCUUGAUUAAAGGAAUUUGAAAAUGAUCCAUUGUUUUUCAGAGUAUCCCCAAUCCUGGAAAACAGCUUUCUAUACUUACGUUCUGUAGUCUUUCAACAGUAACCGAUCAUUUGUUUGGUCACAGGAGUGUGAUUUACAAGUUAGAGAUCAUUCCAUUUAAACUUAAUAGUCUUUUUGCAUUGCAUAGUGAAUGAUACUGUGUGAAAAUGGUUGAAUUCUGAGUUGUGCUUUUAUUGAAUUGUUUGCUUAUCUUAGACUUUGUAACUUUUAAUAUGUCCAUGUAUACUGUCUAAAUAAACCGAAUACUUUAUUUGCUUUGAGAA